UGACUAUUCAUUACUACAACGUAGUGCUGUGGUAACUAAAGUUCAAAACUUGAACAUAAAUUACUAUGAUUUCAUUACUACUCUAGUAAUGAAUCAUAUUUUUGUAAACCAUCUUUAUUUUGGUCAUAUUUUUGUACUUAUUUCAUUUUCAAAUAUGUUUUUUUUACUAAUACAGAUUAACAUAUAAUUACGGUCAAAGACGUGCGUUGACAGGUGUGAAACAUUGACCGUUACAAAAAAAACGGAGGAAAUAUUAAAUACCACACAAAUAUGUUGACCUUUCAACCGUGAUAUUCAUAUACGGAAUGCAUUAUAAUAUCUACCUAAUAAUAUAGGAGCCGAGGAACAUAAUAAUGUUAGUACAGUAAUAACAAUAAUGGUAUAGAAAUAGUACAUCAAUAAUAUAUAUACACGUAACCCAGCGGGCUACAUAAAUUAUCAAGUAAAUAAUACUACAAAACGAUAAAGGAAUACUUCGUAUAAUAAUGUUAUAAUACUAGUAGCAACAACUGUACACCUUAGCAACAACACUAACCCAGCCGGCCUCAUUUAUGAAUAAAGGCAUGUAAACCAAAUCAGAAAACUAUUACAUAGCAGUACACCUUCGACCGCCCAUACUCCUACUCGACACACAAUCAUUCGAUAAGCUCAAAGUAUAACCUGCAAUUCUCAAGAAUACCUGUAUAAAUACCAGUCUCAAACCUUAGAAUUCUUUCAUUCAGAACCCAGCUUUAAAAAUAUAUACAUAUACGUGUAUAUGCGAAAAACGCAGCCUUCGUUUCAGCCUAAAACCAGAGGUAUAAACACCAUCAAAACCUUUCCCUCCGUUAGAGGAAUCCAACGAAAGAUGAAUCAUUGAAAACUAUCGUCAAACGAGGGAGAACAAGCUCGCCGGAAUUUCUGCCGGGCUAAGCUUCACGACGGGAAACGGAGGAGAAGGAGCUACUGCCGUCGCAAGACCACAAGUCCACUGCUGACCUUUGCCGUCUAAGAAAGAUUCCACUGCCGCAGCCGUUCCACUCGUCGGUCUUCAGAAAGAAGGAGAACUCAAGUGAAGACCAAGCUAGAGAUUUUAUUAAGGAGAUUAUCGCAAUUUAAGAUGAUUAUGAUUAUGAAGAUUGAUGUACUUGCUGCCCGAGUGUUCCGCUAGUUGCACACGUUUGAUUAAUUAUUGUUGUUAAAAUUGUAAUCCAUAAACUUGUUUUAAGUUUUAUCCGAUGGCUACUUGAAUUUAUGGUGGAUAGCCUGUGCACUCAAUCAUGUAUAGGUUGAGUGUGGCGGUGACACACCUGUUUUUCCAUUAAAGACUUCCGCUGUACUGUAAAUAUGUUUUAUAAUAAAGAUGUUUUCAUUUCAAAAUGUUAUUUUAUUUUGGUGGGAAAAAUGGGGGUGUUACAAGUUGGUAUCAGAGACUAUGGUUUUCAAAUUGGGGAUUUUCAAAUAAAAAUUUUCUUGACUAUGGUUUUCAAAAAGAGUUUCCAAUAUUUUAUUAGAUUUUCUAAAUACGUACAUUUCAAAAAGAAGAAACUUAGGAAUAAUAAAUGUUUCCAGGAAAUAUUUUGCAACAAAUUUAGGAUCGUGGUGAGCUCGUGAGUAUUUCUUUUCCUUGCAUGUAUGUGAUAAUUGUGCUAAUUUCGAGCCCAUAAGAAAAAUGGAAACCCCAAAUGUUGAAGGGAAUGCCUCAUAAGGCAAAAAAUCCAAAGUGGCUAAGGUAUGUACAAACAUUAUGUGCGAAAGUGUUCUUAUGUGAAGUAUGUAUUCUCUGAAUGAUUGUCAUGUACGAUUUUUAUAUGAUCAUGUUGUAUAUAGCCUAUGGAAUCCUUAGUUGAACUAGGAUCCUUAAGAGUAAAAUAUAGAAAUUCUUACACGAAUACUUUGUAUCAUUAAGAAGCAUGGCACCGAGAAGAGACCCUAAUAACACACCCACCAAUGCUGAGUUGGCACAAACCGUUCAACAACUGGCACAAUUCAUGCACACACUGGGUGCUACUGUGCUCCAGAACAAUCAAAACCAGAACAAUGGGAAUGAUGCCGCAAAACGAGUGGCAUCUCGCAACCCUCCAAGCUUUCAUGGGCAAGAAGAUCCUCGUAUCCUCGAGAAUUGGCUCCGACUCUUUGACAAGCUCUUCGAUGCAGUGAGCUGUCCGGAAGAGCAAAGGGUUGACAUUGCUGUUUACUACUUACAGCAAGAGGGGGAUAACUGGUGGGUCUCAUCAGGCCCAACUCUACGUCAAGAACCCAACUUCAAUUGGGAAGCUUUCAAGAUUGCCAUGAGGAAACGUUUUUAUCCUGCACACGUUCAGGCCACCAUGCGUGAUGAAUUCAUACAUUUGAAACAGUUGAACAUGAGUGUCCAGGAAUAUCACAAUAAAUUCGUGGACCUCGCACCAUUUGCGAAAACAAUAGUACCUGAUGAAAGCACCAAAGUCGAGAAAUUUAUCUGUGGACUAAACUAUGAUACACAGAAAAUUGUCGCUGUUUUGGGUUGCCAAACUCUAACUGAUGCUUAUGAUAGAGCUGCAGUUCACUAUCGAGUUCAGCAACUACAAAGAGAGAGGAACCAGAAGAUGAAGAGGGACGAAGAUGGAGGUCGAGGAGAGAAGAGGAUCCGAGUGCACCCACCUACACAGCAACAAGAAGGGAGGAGGAGGAGAGAUGAACAAGGUGGAAGAAAUUUCCACGGUCAAAACCAACAAAAUGAUCGAAGAGCUGCUCCCAGAGAUAGGCACUUCUACUGCAAGAGGUGCGGGAGAGAUCAUCCCGGUGUUAACUGCGAUGGAAGCCUGACAAAAUGUUUCAAUUGUGGGAAGCUAGGGCACCGAACCUUCGAGUGUCUGUCAAAGACCAAUGGGGCACCAGUGAACCAGGUGCAAUACCGUGAUGGAGGAAGACCAGAUAUGAACCAAGUUGGGCCAAAUGGAGGACAAAAUAACAACAACAAUGCCGCCGCCAACAACAACAACCGCAACCCUCGAGGAGGAGGGGAGAAUAAUCGUGGCAAUGGCAAUGGCGGGAACAAUGGAAAUGGCGGAAACAACGGCAACCAUCCAAACCAAGGGCGAAUCAUGGUGAUGAAUCAGGCCCAAGCCAAUGCUAAUGAUGUGGUUUCAGAUUAAGAUAUAAUUACGGUCAAAGACGUGCGUUGACAGGUGUGAAACAUUGACCGUUACAAAAAAAAAACGGAGGAAGAAGGAGCUACUGCCGUCGCAAGACCACAAGUCCACUGCUGACCUUUGCCGUCUAAGAAAGAUUCCACUACCGCAGCCGUUCCACUCGUCGGUCUUCAGAAAGAAGGAGAACUCAAGUGAAGACCAAGCUAGAGAUUUUAUUAAGGAGAUUAUCGCAAUUUAAGAUGAUUAUGAUUAUGAAGAUUGAUGUACUUGCUGCCCGAGUGUUCCGCUAGUUGCACACGUUUGAUUAAUUAUUGUUGUUAAAAUUGUAAUCCAUAAACUUGUUUUAAGUUUUAUCCGAUGGCUACUUGAAUUUAUGGUGGAUAGCCUGUGCACUCAAUCAUGUAUAGGUUGAGUGUGGCGGUGACACACCUGUUUUUCCAUUAAAGACUUCCGC